AUGGCGCCGUCGCCCUCCUUCGAGCUCGCGGGAAGGCUGAAAGCCACGCAGCAGAUCCUCGCGAAGGAGCAGCCGGUCACAUCCUGGAUGGUGUGGUUCUGGACUCUGGGAUAUGUCGCCACGUGGGUCUGCAUCGGCUUUUUCACCAUGUAUUGGUUUAUUAUUCUCCCCGAAGCUUUCAUGCAUGUGAAGAGAGUCGGCGUCGGAUGGGAUGCGAGUGUGCUUGGAGCUGGACUAUAUGCGCUCACGGUUGGUUUCAUGUCCGCCGUGGCCUUCCACAGGUCGCGUGCCUGCGCAGUGGAUGAUGCCAGGCCGAGGCUGCUGCCGCUGUACGUGAUCUUCCCGCAGGACUACUCGGCCUUCGGGCUGGCCGAGCGCCAGCGGCCCGCGAGGGUGUUCAUCGUCAUCUCCGCUUUGUUGGGUUUGGCCAUUCUUGGCCCCCCCAUUUGUGGCCUUGGCCACCACAUUACAGCCUCAGCAGGACCUCGCUUCUUCUUCUUCCUCGAGCUCUUCUUGGGACUAGCACCUCUCUUCGGACUUGGCGGAUUUCUCCUCUUCAGCUGUGGGUGGUACAUGUUGACUGGAAGCGUCUGUUGCGCAAGUCAUUACUCCGGAGCCGCCUGCGCAGACCAUGCGCUCCAGGAGCGCAUCUCCCGCCUUUCUGAGGAGGUCACUAGGAAAAUGAAGUCCAAGCGAAUCAAUCCGACUGCAAAGGAGCGCAUAAUGUUGCAUCUAGAGAUGCUCUUAUUUGCAGCAGACUUCGUCUCAGAUGGCCUUGCCGGCUGGCAGUUUCUGCAGGGGGAGAUGUACGUGCUGUUCGCAUUGCAACUGGGCAUCUUUCUGGUGUCCCUUUGGGCCGAAACGCGACGGAUGAGAAGGCGUGGAGAUCUUGGCUCCUGGUACUGUGCCUUCACAGAGUCCAGCCGCCAUGGAUGGCCGACCGACGAUUUUCUUGCCAUUGUGCUGACGGAGAAGUCCGUCGAGGUUCCGCUGACCUUCCUCCUGCAAGCUUACGCUGUGUGGGUAGUCAGCACAGAAGCUUUGAGUGAGUUACUGUCUAUAUCUUUCUUUUAUGGAAAGUUGGCGCUUGCCGUCUUCGGCGUGGCCAAAGCCGCUUACUCUCUCAUUCACUUGGACCUUGCUCGCCACCUCCAUGCAGUGCAGGAAUGUCGCCAAGCACUUACACAUGCAGCAGCAGACACACAUGGCCAGGGACCUCCCGCCUCAACGCCCCCCGCGCCUGCAGCACCAACCGGCCCUGUCUUCCCACCCGGCUUGCAGCUGCCACCGGCCAUGGCCCCGUCGCAGCCCACGGCUCCCCAGUAUGGCGCGCAGGACGCCCCAGCUUUGCCGCCAGGCUUGGGCCCUCCAGCUCCCAGACCUUCCAUGCCUCCGCUGCCUCCUCAGCCCGGCUUUGGAGGGGCCGUUCAAGUCGGGAAGCCGCGGGGCCAUGUCGACAGGGAGUAG